AUGCUGUCCUUUGUCGUCCGCGGGCGCAAGACGCACUCCUUUGAGCGCAGCUACUCGCAGGCUAACGAAAAGCGGCAGUCUGUGCUUGGCGGUCCCCGGGAACAGUACUGUUUCUCCAUCAUCUUCUCAGAGACCUUUGAGACGCUCGACCUUGUGGCACACUCCAAGGCUGACUACGACGCGUGGAUCCUGGCCUGCGAAUACUUUGCCCACAAGAACCAGCAAUAUGCGCUGAACGAUGUUGAACAUGACGAGCACUCAGAGCGCACGCGCUGGCUUCGCGACUUGUUUGAGCAGGCCGAUGCCAACAACGACAAGCAGCUUUCACUCAGCGAGAUCAAGACACUGCUGAAGCGCCUCAACGUCUAUCUCCCAUCCAAGACCAUCUCCACCCGCUUCUUUGCAGCUGACACGGACCGUCGCGGGACCGCGGGGUACGGCAAGCUCGAUUAUGAGGAGUUUGCAAAGUUCUACAAGCUGCUCAUGACACGGCCGGAAGUUGGCGAGAUUAUGCUCCAAUACGGCAGCUCCAAGCUGGACCGGUCGCACAAAGGCACAUCCUCCUCACGACUCGACACGUACGACGACGUGACCAUGACCGCGGCCCAGCUCUCGCACUUUUUCAAGGUCGAGCAGAUGGAGGAUGUCCCUGAGGGCAAGUGCGCAGAGCUGAUCCAAGAGCACGAGCCGGCCCGGCAGGAUGGCCUGCUCGGUGUGGACGGGCUCACACGCCUGCUGCUCACCCGUUACGGCAACGCGUACAACCCAGACCACCAGGAACGCGUCUACCAGGACAUGACACGCCCCCUGAGCGAGUACUACGUUGCGUCGUCGCACAACACCUACUUGACCGACGACCAGAUCCGUGGGCCCUCAGAUGUCGAGGCGUACAAGCGCGCCCUCAUUGCCGGCUGCAGAUGUGUGGAGCUGGAUGUGUGGGACGGCGACGACGAGUGGAACAUGGAGCCCAUUGUUUACCACGGACACACCCUUACCAGCAAGAUUUCGCUGCGGGAUGCGCUCAAGGCGUGCCACGAAUACGCCUUCCACGCCAGUGAUUUUCCACUCAUCCUCUCCAUCGAGAACCACCUCAGCAUCGAGCAGCAGAAGAUCAUGGCGCGUGACAUCAAGGAGAUCUUUGGCGAUGCGCUUGUCGUUGUUCCCGACGGCUGCCGUGAGCUGCCGUCCCCAGAGGCCCUCAAGCGAAAAGUCAUUGUCAAGGGGAAGAAACUUCCACCAGAUGCGGACGACGACGCCGUCUCUGACGAAGACGAGUCGUCUGAAGCGCUGUCUGACUCCACACUGCAGAAGAAGAAGGUUUUCCGCAAGCAGCCAAAGGAUGUCAAGCAGCAGCUCAAGGCAAAGGCGGAGCAAUCGAGCAAGAAGAAGAAGAUGAAGCUUGCCCGCGAAUUCUCAGACAUUGUCUCGCUCAAAUCCGUCCACUUCAACCCGUCGAGUCUGGACAAUCUGGAUGCUGCUGCCGGCAAUACCAUGUCCUCCUUUGGGGAAGCGAAAGCGCACAAACUUGUCAACGACAUUCUCACCGCCGACAAAUUCGUCAAGCGCAACAUCCGCCAGCUCGCACGUGUGUACCCCUCUGGCUUCCGCAUCGACUCGAGCAACUAUCCGCCGCAGGAGAUGUGGAACGCCGGCUGCCAGCUCGUCGCCCUCAACUACCAGACCCCCUGCUCGGAGAUGCACCUCAACCAGGGCAAGUUUGCGGACAAUGGCGGUUGCGGGUACAUUCUGAAACCGCGGGAGCUGCGUGACCCUUCCGCGACUUUCAAUCCGGCUGUUCCGUCCACCAUUCCUAUCGAGCAGUCGCGCACCAUCACCAUCCGCGUCCUCUCUGGCCAGCACCUCCCAAAGGCUGCGCGGGAAAGUCACGACUAUGUGCGUGGUGAGAUCAUUGACCCGUACGUCCGUGUCACCAUCUUUGGGCUUCGGGGCGACAACAAGCAGUCCAAGUCCUCUGUUGUGCAGAACAACGGCUUCAACCCGCGCUGGUCCGAUCGCGACGUCAUGGAGUUUGAUGUUGCCUUCCCAGAGGUGUCGCUCGUGUACUUUGAAGUCUACGACAGCGACUUCAUCUCAGGCGACGACUUUGUUGCGCAAUCCGCCAUCCCUGUGCAGAGCCUGCGCCCGGGCUUCCGGCACAUCCACCUGUUCUCCCGCAACCAAACGCCGCUCGAGCAAGGAUCCAUCUUCGUGCACAUCAGCUUCAGCGACUCUGGCCUGAGCCUUGCGCGCCGCACGAGUGCAUACGUGCGCCCACAGAGCGAUCUGGACACCCUGUCCUUCAAGGACUCGCGCAUCCGCAUUCCGGAACUCGACGCCGCCUUUGCCAACGCCCCCAUCAAGGACGUGGAGUUUCUUCGCGAGCGCGUGCUGAAGGCCCUUGAGAAGCUGAAGGUCGCUGUGCACCUUGACGCUGCCGUGCCCAUGGACCGCCUCCUGCGUGAACUCGUCACGCUCUGCACACAAGACAACGUCACCAUCACCUCGCAGCUAAAGGAUGUGCGUGAGCACACGAUGGCAUAUGUGACGCUCGAGUCACCGACGCGUCACCUUCGCCAGGCCGCCACCGCCCUGCGCACCCUCUGCGACUGCACGAGAACGGUGUUUCUGCACGAAGGCACGCUGCGACGUGAGCUGAUUGAGGUUGAGGGCAUGCUCAGCACGGCCGUCCCGCCCGCUGAAUUCGACCGGCUCUGCACAGUCUGCGGAAUCAAGAAGGAUGCCAAGCGGCAACAGUCGCGGAUUGCGCUUGACCGGAAGCUGCACAAACUGCGGGAGACGCAGCGGCUGCUGGAGAGCACCGUCGGCCUGGCCACGUUCGUCUCGCAAGAGCUGAGCAAAGUGGACGCGAACAACGACGCUUCCAGCGCAUGAGCUCGACUCACUCCCUACACUCUUGCUGUGUUUUGGCUCGCCUUCUUUCGUGUGUAUAUGUGUGUGUGUGUGUGUGCGUUUGCGAGUAGCUUCUUCAUGUAACUUGGUGGUGUGUUUUGUGUUGUGUUUGGCCCCCUACUGUUGUGUCUGUUGUGCAAACGAACACGAGAGCAAGUGUGUUCAGCAAUAGAAGCUCUGUUACGUA